CACCGUUCAGCUGAUCAGUGUAUGUAUGGAAGUGAGUGCCGUGCUGUACGAACCGCUAUGGCAGCCCGGGAGAAUGUCAGCUUGCUUUUUAAGCUGUAUUGUUUGCUGGUAAUGACUCUGGUAGCUGCUGCAUACACCAUAGCUCUACGAUACACAAGAACAGUAAGAACGGAAAUGUACUUUUCUACGACGGCAGUUUGUGUGACUGAGGUUAUAAAGUUAUUACUGAGUGUGGUUAUCCUGGCAAAAGAAACUGGCAGUGCUAGUAGACUGAUCAGUUCUUUAAAGGAGAAUGUGUUGGGAAGUCCGCAGGAGAUGAUGAAGUUGGCUAUACCUUCACUGGUAUAUGCAUUGCAGAAUAAUAUGGCCUUUUUGGCUCUUAGUAAUCUUGAUGCAGCUGUGUACCAGGUGACAUAUCAGUUGAAAAUCCCAUGCACAGCUUUAUGUACAGUAUUAAUGUUAAACCGCACUUUAAGCAAGCUUCAGUGGUUUUCCGUAUUCAUCCUGUGUGGAGGAGUCACUCUAGUCCAGUAUAGUCCAGCAGAGACUACCAAAGUUCAGAUUGAACAAAAUCAUUUAUUGGGAUUUGCUGCUGUGGCUGUUGCGGUGCUGUGCUCAGGAUUUGCAGGAGUGUAUUUUGAGAAGGUGUUGAAGAGUUCAGACACUUCCCUAUGGGUGAGGAACAUCCAGAUGUACAUCUCUGGCAUCAUAGUGACACUAGCUGGUGUCUUUCUUUCUGAAAGAGAAGGUGUUAUGGAAAAGGGAUUUUUCUAUGGCUACAAUUACCUUGUCUGGUUUGUAAUUUUCCUGGCUAGUGUUGGUGGCCUUUAUACGUCCGUUGUUGUAAAAUACACAGAUAACAUCAUGAAGGGCUUCUCUGCAGCUGCAGCCAUUGUCAUAUCAACCAUAGCAUCAGUGUUGCUGUUCGGCUUACAGAUAACGUUCACAUUUUCGAUUGGUGCUCUGCUUGUGUGUGUGUCCAUAUAUACCUAUGGAUUACCCAGGAAAGAUACAACCAAGGUUGAAAUACAGGGGCCCAGCAGUACCUCCAACGAAAAAUUAAUCAACAUCUAA